GCCCCGUACUUUUUACCAUCUCUGUCUGAGAACUAAACACUCCUCUACCAAAUUUAAAAACACAUCUCCAUCGGCGUUAAUGGCGCUGCCCCAUUCGCGAUUCCCAAUGCCAGCUCACCCCUUCUAGCUUCUUUUCACCCGCUCCCCAAGAUAAACAAGUUUUAUCCUGCUGAUUCAUCUUCUUUCACUCGUUAAACUAUUCCCGUAAACACCUUCGCAUUAAAAAAAACAGUCGUAUAAAUACAAGUGUUCGAUGGAGAUGUUGAGAAAAUCUUUUAAAUCGCCCGGUGAUUCACACGCUCAGCGGCCUCAAUCUGAAGAAGAGCGUCAAAUCUUGUUGGAGCAGCAAGAAAGCACCAUGGCAGCGAAGCAAGGUGUUAGUAGUGGUAAUAAUAAUAAUAAUAAUGAAGUUGUUGUGAAAAUCUCCGGCCAGAGUAGCCCGGAAGCUGAACUGACUUCGAAAGUCUCCGGCCAGUCGCCGGCGAACAAGAUGUGGAGAGACAGUAGCUACGAUUUCACGAACGAUACUUCUAGUGACUUCGACUUCCACACGGAGUCUCCGGCUUCUCAGCCCUCGCCAUUGUCGAGAAUCGUUGAGAGCCCUACUCAUCAGCAAGCUAGGGCUCCAUUCAAUGAGAAUCUUCGGCGGCGGUCCGGGCUAGGCGGUGGUAAUGGUAAUGGUAACGGUAAUAAUUCUGAUGAGGUUGUGACUUGUAGUUCGAAUUCUUCGUUUCGAAGGAAAUCGAGUUUGCUGAGGAUGAAGACGAAGUCGAGGCUGAUGGAUCCGCCGGAGAUGGAUGGGAGGUCUCAGAGAGUGGUGAAGUCUGGUGUAAUUGGGAAAGGAAGUGAGUUGGAUGAGGAUGAUCCGUUUCUUGAAGAUGAUUUGCCUGAGGAGUACAAGAGGAUGAAGUUUAGUAAGUGGAGUGUGCUUCAGUUUUUCAGUUUGAUUUUGAUUAUUGCUGCUUUAGUUUGUAGUCUUACGAUUAAUUUUUUCAAGAAAAAGCACUUGUUUGGGCUUGAGUUGUGGAAAUGGUAUUUGAUGGUGUUGGUUUUGAUAUGUGGGAGGUUGGUUUCAGGGUGGGGGAUUAGGGUGGUUGUGUUUUUUGUGGAGAGGAAUUUCAUGUUGCGGAAAAGGGUUUUGUAUUUUGUGUAUGGGUUGAGGAGUGCGGUUCAGAAUUGUAUUUGGUUGGCGCUGGUUUUGAUUGCUUGGCAGUUAAUUUUUGAUAAGAGAGUUGAGAAGGCGACGGAUAGGAAGGUUUUGCCUUAUGUCACUAGAAUUUGGGUGUGUUUGUUAGUGGGUACUUUGGUGUGGCUUGUGAAGACGCUUCUUGUUAAGGUUCUUGCUUCGUCGUUUCAUGUGAGCACAUUUUUUGAUCGGAUUCAGGAGUCUUUGUUUAAUCAGUAUGUGAUUCAGACGUUGUCAGGGCAGCCAUUAGUUGAGAUCCAACAAGAGAAGGAAGAGGAGGAGAGAGUCAUGGUUGAGGUAGAGAAGUUUCAGAGUGCUGGGGCUUCUAUGCCUGCUGAGCUUAAGGCAACUAUUUUUCCAAAGAGUGGGAAAGUGAUUGGUACUGCUGCAAACACACCCCGGAAGAGCUCUGUAGCUGGGAAGAGUCCUGGUAUUUCGACUAAUUUCAAUAAGAAGGAUGAUGAGGCUAUUACAAUUGAUCACUUGCAUAGACUGAAUCAGAAGAAUAUAUCAGCUUGGAACAUGAAAAGAUUGAUGAAUAUUAUUCGCAAAGGGACACUAUCAACUUUAGAUGAGCAAUUACAGGCCUCGACUGGUGAGGAUGAAUCCGAAGUGCAGAUCACAAAUGAAUAUCAGGCAAAAGUUGCAGCUAAGAAAAUAUUCUCCAAUGUGGCUAAACCGGGCUCCAAGUACAUCCAUGAGGAAGAUUUGAUGCGGUUUAUGCAAGAAGAUGAAGCAUCAAAAACUAUUCGUCUAUUUGAAGGAGCGAGUGAAGGCAAAGGAAUAAGCAGGAGAGCUCUAAAGAAUUGGGUGGUUAAUGCGUUCAGGGAGCGAAGAGCUCUUGCAUUGUCACUCAACGAUACUAAAACGGCAGUAAACAAACUCCAUCAGAUGUUGAACAUCUUUGUAGGAAUCAUGGUGGUGGUUAUUUGGCUUCUUAUACUUAAAGUUGCAACAACCCAUUUCUUUGUCUUUAUCAGCUCCCAGCUUCUUUUGGUUGUCUUUGUGUUUGGAAAUACAUGCAAAACAACAUUUGAGGCAAUCAUCUUCUUAUUUGUGAUGCAUCCUUUUGAUGUCGGUGAUCGUUGUGAAGUGGACGGUGUUCAGAUGGUUGUUGAAGAGAUGAAUAUAUUGACUACAAUAUUUUUGAGGUAUGAUAACCAGAAGAUCAUGUAUCCAAACAGCGUCUUAGCUACCAAACCCAUAAGUAACUUUUACCGAAGUCCAGAUAUGGGAGAUGCUAUUGAUUUUUGUAUCCACAUUUCAACUCCAGUAGAAAAGGUUGCUACAAUGAAAGAAAGGAUCACGAGGUAUAUAGAGAACAGGACCGAUCACUGGUAUCCAGCUCCAUUGAUUGUUCUUCGGGACUUGGAUGACAUGAACAGGCUGAAGAUAUCAAUAUGGCUCUCACACCGAAUGAACUUCCAGGACAUGGGUGAACGGUGGGUAAGGAGAGCCUUACUGGUUGAAGAGAUGAUCAAAGUCUGCAGAGAGCUUGAUAUUGAAUAUCGUAUGCUACCUGUUGAUGUCAAUGUCCGCAAUAUGCCAGCUGUGACCUCCACCAGAGUUCCUUCCAAUUGGUUAGCUUGUGGCAAUUGAUGAAGAUGCAUACAGAUUUAGAAGUAAAACAACAUAUUAUGUACCCCUUUUCCAUGCACCGCCAGCAGAGGCAAAGAAAGGAGGCCUACCAGAUGAGCAAAUAAGGAAACAUCGCGUAAUUGAGAAGUUAUGUUGUUUCAACUGAGAAUGGAUGGUUAAAUGCUGACCUAUAUUUGAAAACUUGUAGUAAAAGAACUAUAAUGUAAAUACAAGGUAGCUGGUAGAAGAGUUGGACACUUAUUUAGUGCUUCCUGUAUGGAACUGGGCAUUCUAGUGUGGCAGCUGCUUAUGGCUCCUCUUGAUCAUAACCAUAAGUGUCGAUCCUCUUGAUGUUCA